AUGGACUUCUCUCUGGGCCUGCGCUUGGGGCCUCGGAACAAGAAGGCUGCACACCAACAGCCCCCUACACCCCCUGGGCAUGGCCCACCGGCUGCCUCUCCUUGUCUGCCCUGUGCCCCUUCUGCCUAUGCUGGCCCUUGUCCCGGCUGCCCCCCUCCCACCUGCUCCUGCACCGCCUGUCCCUGUCCUGGCAUCCCUGGCCCACCCUGCACCUGCUCUUGCCCUCCCUGCCCUGCCUGUCCUCCCGCGUGCCCCCACACCGCCUGCAUCCCGUGCUCGGGCCCACCCCUGACUUGCUGCCACGUCUCCCCAUGUCCCCUUUAUCCUUGUUCCCAGGGCCCAGCUGCCUGGCGGAACCCCCGCUUGGGCUGCAGUGGAGGCCAAGUGCCUGCCUGGGGGCCUCCAGGCUCCAGCGGCUGCUGCAGGGGCCCGCGCACUUCUCAGGGGUGCUGUCUCAUAAUCUAGACAGACGGCCACCCUGGAGAGAUUGUCCCUCGGACUCCGGGAGCACUUCCGCAGCCGGGGAGCUGAGACGGGAAUCAGCAGGCAGGUAGAGGUGGGCAGACCACUCCGAGCGGCCCCACCCUGGCAUCUGUUUUGAAGUGCAUUUCUGAGCAUGCUCCUGCUGGUUCCAGAACCUCCUCUUUGCAACUUCUGCAACAGGAAGUGUUCUUCUCAGAGCCUCCUUGACAGUGGCUGAAGGUGA